AUGCACGCGCAAGUCCCGUCUCAGCCACACCUCCAACACCACACCCAUCCCCCCUCGACGCAGGCCCAGUACGACACCAACGGAAUAUACGACAACAGACAACAGUCGACAUCCCACACCAACGGCCAGAGCAACGGCGUGGACAUGAAUCCAUACCAGCAAUACGCGGGAGGCUAUGGCCCAACGCAUCCAUAUCCUCAGCCUCCUCAGCAGCAAGCACCGCAGCAACAACAACAACAGCAACCGCAGCAAUCGGGCCACCCACACCCGCACCAUCAGCAGCAGCCACAGCAACAGCAAGGACCGUACAUGCAGUCUAGCCAGCGCUUGCCUCCCUUGGUUCCUGGUAUGCCUCAAGGAAUGCCGGGAAUGCAUAACGUGCGAGAUGAACCCAGCGCACCGCCCGCUAGCUCUAGCUCUGCUAACAGCCAACAGCCCUCGCAGUACAGUAUGGCAGCUCCGCAGCCGCAAUCGCAGAUGCCGUAUCAACCGCAGCCACAGCAGACACUACCCCCUCCUCCCACUUCAAGAGCAGGAACCAGCAGUCAGUCAGGCGGUAAAAAGAUGUCACAUAGCGGCACGAGGGCCGGCUAUACAUACUCGCUUCAGGUUGUGCAGCAACCACAACGCGCAAGAAUGUGUGGGUUUGGAGACAAAGAUCGCCGGCCCAUAACACCGCCACCCUGUGUGCGUCUCGUUAUUGUCAAUGACAGAGGGACCGAGGUCGAUCUGGAAGAAUUUCCUGGAGAUCCGUCGUUCUUCGUACUGCAGGUUGACCUUUGGGCGGAGAGUGCCGAUCGGGAAGCCAACGUUGUGAGAGCCAGUAGCAACAGUCCGGCUGUCAGUAUCAGUAGUGCGACCACGACAUCCUAUCCACCGCCAGCUGAGCACCCUCGCCACAUGUCACACGAUCAGCCGAUGAUGUACAUCAACGAACAUGGUCAACCCAUAUAUGCCAACAUGCCUGGCUAUGCAGUCGCUAUGGGACGACCUGGCAUGAUGCCGCAACAGCAAUAUGGUGCUCCUCUGUACUACCAACAGAUGCCCGGUCCCGGCAUGCCGUUCAUCCAGCCGCCCCAAGCGCCAAGCGCAAUGUACACUCGGAAUCUGAUCGGGAGCUUGACUGUCAACGCUGCGAAGCUCAAGGACAACGAGAACAAGCAGGGUUAUUGGUUCGUCCUACAAGACCUCAGUGUGCGCACAGAGGGGUUCUUUAGACUUCGAAUGAGCUUCAUCGACAUUAGUAAUACUGGUGGUCCAGGAGUCAGUCGUGGCAAAGCACCUGUUCUCGCUUGGACCUUCUCGGAAAAGUUCCAGGUGUACUCAGCCAAGAAGUUUCCAGGCGUGAUCGAGUCCACUCCACUCAGCAAGGUCUUUGCACAGCAAGGUAUCAAGAUUCCCAUCAGGAAAGAUAACAAGAACGAGGGCGGUGACGAUGAUGAUGGAGAUUGA